GACGACGUUCGUGGAUUUCACGAACCUCGCCGCCGCAGGCGACGCCCUCGGCUGGCGGACCCUGUUCUACGGGCCGCAGAGCCAGCUGGAGCACGUCAGCCGCCUCAACCUCACUGUCGAAGGCGCCGACUACAGCGUGCCGGGCUACUCGGUGCUGAGGCGCGCGGUGCCCUCGAGGCACGUGAACAGCUGGUACGGCCGCGAGACGCUGGCCUCGCGCCGCGAGACGGAGGGCUGGGUGCAGCGCUGGACGUCGUUCAAGGCGCUGCUGCUCGAGAAGCCGUCGGGCGCCCGGCCGGGGAGCCCCAUCUUCUUCCCCUCCUGGCACCUGGACACGAAGGAGAUGGACUCGUGCUGGAGCAUAGAUCCCACCACGGUGCCCCUCGCGGACUGGAUCCCGCGGCAGCAGCAGCGCCAGCCGGACAAGGCGGCGGGCAAGGUGCUCGAGGUUCUGGACGAAGAGACGAACAACAACCUCGGCAGGGAGUACUCGAUCGCCUACGAAGACUCCCAGCUCGCCGUGCGCGUUGUCGACUGGCUCGUCGCCACCGAGGGCUGCGACAGCUUGUCGCCGCGGCGCGCCCGCGUGCUCCUCGGCAGCAGCGGCCAGUGGCAGGCGCUCCUCACGCGGCUGCGGCGCCACUGGGGCGAGAUGUGGGGCGACGAGGCCGUGGAGGAGGUCGUGCGCGGCAUCGUGGAGCGGCAGGCGGAGGCGCCAGCCGAGACGGGCGAAAUGCUGCCGCGGCCCCAGGCGUCUCCGACGGUGUGCGUGGGGCAUCAGACCUACGAGUCGCUCUGCCAUACUCCAGGGGCCCGCGCCGGCUUCAUGUCCUUCCCCAAGGCCCGCGCGUGA